UUGGAAGGUACUCCGAGCCCAGUAAAGAAACCAGAUGUCGCUAGCGAAAAAGUAGAACCUACACAAAAAAGCAGUAGCGUUCGCAGCAUCAAUGAUGCCGAAGCUAUGGAGAAAGAAAGCACUGGUGAAAUUUUUCGGCAGACCCUCAUACCAUUCCUCGUUGGAGGAUUUGGUUCCACUCUAUGCGGGCUACUUGUCAAUCGCAUUCAGAAAACAGAACUUGUCUGUAAUGUUCCUCAUAUGAUCGCCAUUUUUGUGCCUUUGCAAGGUAUGAAAGGUAAUUUGGACAUGACAUUCACAUCUCGAUUAGGUACCAUGGUAAGGAAUGCUGUUUUUCUAGUCUUUCGUAAGUCACCUUGUAAUCACCCUUUUCCGAUAAAAGUGAGAGCGGAUUUGCAGGGGCAAGGCAUUUUCAUUAGCCUCUUCGCAGUGCUAAUGUCUUUUGUGUUGGCAAGUUUAUAUGAAGAGGGCAAGAGUCAUCCACCAGUCGACGACUACCUUUUCCUAGGAGCAAACUCUCUAUUCUCUAUUUGUAUUGCGAAUGCGACUUCAGCAGUCGGUGAUUUUUCAAAAAUAUUCGAAUUAAAAGCGAUUCAGCAGCGAAGCGAUCCUUCUUUGCCAAAAAAAGCUUGGCAGGAGGUACUGCGACUGCUUGAUGUGCUGACUCCAACAAACUUGAUUUUUUCUGAUUUUAUUUCGAUCAUGAGGCCAAAAGCUACCUAUCAUGAACUGAUUACAACAUUUUGGUGUAAGGGAUUCGAUCGAGCAAUCGCUGAGUCUGACCGCGCUCUCACCGAGAGGAAGAGAGGAUGCGGCUUCAGUGAACAAUUUACCCUAAACGCUCAAAGGCGAUGCGGCUUCAGUGAACAGUUCACCCUGACUAAUCAGCAUAUUUUGUUCGCAUUUUCAGCUAUGGUUCUUCUGGUCAUCUACACGUACCAUAAAGCUCUCAAUCCUGACAAUAUUGGCACUCCGAUUGCAGCCAGUUUCAGUGAUUUACUAACAAUAUUGACCAUGGUACGCUACUACUCUACUGCAUAUGCCGCAAUCAAUACAUUCCAGUAUUACUGUCAUCAUCUAUCAACAAAAAACUAUUUAUAA